AUGGUAGAUACUAGAUUCCCUGAGGAGGCAGAGCUCCUUAACGUUUGCUGGUUUGAAGUUCAUGGCAAGAUAAAUGCUAGCAUGCUAUCUUCAGGAACGAAAUAUUCAGCUUACCUUGUUUUCACUAGUAAAUCAAGAAUUCACGGAUUUGAUUACCAACGUGCUGAGGCUUCAGUAGGAAUUAGUGGGCAUGAUGGCCAAAAACAGUCUGUCUGUUUAGAUCCAGAUGUAUCACAUAUAAAGCGUUACCGGAAUGCUACUAUUGCUCAUCGCAUGCCUGCCGGAUAUAAUAGAUGGUGCCAUGGUGGCGUGGCAAUGUGUCCACAGAUCACAAUAUUGAGUACCCCAAGUCAAGGGCAAUAG